AUGCCGCUUCCAAACAGUACUCUCCAACUGAUUUAUUAUAAAGAUUCGCGUCCUGAAGGCAGCGCUGAUCGAUGGAUGACAAUCGUUGCCGGAAUAUUCAUGAUGACGGCUUCUGCUGUAGGAAUUUAUGUAAAUACGAAGGUCUAUCUGCAAUACAUGUCAAACCCUGGCCGACUGCCCGGUUUUUAUGUGUUGUGCUCAUCGAAGACUUUCAGCAACAAUAUUAUUCUUUUUUGCUAUAUUGUCUUCAAUGGUCCCGUUACAUUACUCGAUUUGAACUACGGACCACUAAUUCUCAAUAUUAUUGUCACCCAGCUGGUUGCCUAUGGAAUUUAUGUUCAAGGACCUUUAACACAAUUAUGUAUCGCGGGUAAUCGAUUUUACGUGGUAUUUUUCAGUAUGCAAGUUCAUAUUCAUAAUGGUCGAGUGUGUACUUUGAUUGCCUUAUUAUCAUGCUGGUCAAUAUCGCUUUUUGUGUCAAUAAUUGGAAUUCCUUAUAAUUGUGUCAAUAUUUACAACUUCGAUAUUUUAACAUGGGACAGUUUGGAUCCAUGUUCGGACAUAUUGGCAGACGCUGUGAUGUACUUUAUAAUGGUUCUUGCAGCCAUUACAAACACUAUGAAUAUAAUAAUUGGCAUCAAAUUGUUGUUCGCGCAAGAAAUUCUCGGAAUCGCGAGCACCGAAUCGAAGAGGCGAAAAAGGAAGACGCGCGAGAUGUUCAUUCAGAAUUGUUUUCAAGAUUGCGUCUACUUGAUCGACACACUGAAUAGCAUGUUCGUCUACACCUGGUCCGGCAAUAUUCUAUAUCAAUUUAUGUUCACAAUAUUCUCCAAUUUAUUUGUGCAUGUCGCCGAUGGGUGUAUUAUGUUGUAUUUCAAUCAUGACAAAGUGCAAAAGCCGCAAACGAUUAAAAUCACUUCACAUCUCACUCAAGUUGUCAAAGUCUCUUCGGUGUAUUGA